GGAAGUGCAUACAUUCUAAAAAUUGAUAGGGUUAGGGUCAAUCUGCCGGCUGGGCCAGAUAUUGCCAACUACAAUGCGAUGCCAACACUUCUGGUUGGCAACGCGAUAUGGUUCCCUCAGAGUAAGAUGCCUUCAUGUUGCAGUGGUGAAUGUGGUCCUAUUGAUGGAGACGUUGACCCUAAACACCAGUAACAUAUUGGGAGUUGCGCAACAAGAAAUGUGCACAAAAGCUAACCAUCAACAAUCUUGCUGAGUUGCCAUUUGCCAAAGUGGAGUCUCAGUUGCAUGUUAUUACUGGUUUUGGUGUUUCCCCCGUGUUGCACCGAUUGAUGGCGAAUCUUCAGACAGAGAAGACGAUACAGGAAGUCAUGAAGCUUGUUUUAGGUGAAGGAAAAUUGGGACGGGUAUAUAAAGGCAAGCUUGGGUACAGCCAGGAUGUUGCAGUGAAAAAGCUUAAAAAGAACACCAAAAAGAGUAUCCAACAAGAACGUGCAGAAUUUCUAGCUCAGGUUGAAAUGCUCAGCCGCUUAGAGCAUUCUAACCUCGUCAAGUUGAUUGGCCUCCAUGAUAACGGGGACGAUCUAUGUUUCAUUUAUGAAUUUAUGCCGCAUAGGUCAUUGGAUCUUCAAUUAUAUGGGCAUGAAGUCGGCAAAAAGCCUCUAGAUUGGAAGACUAGGAUGAAGAUAGCUAAGGGUGUUGCCAAGGCUUUACAAUAUUUGCAUGAUCAAAAGGAUCCUCCUGUACUUUUUGGAGACCUCAAAGCAUCUAGUAUUUUACUUAUGAAAAUUUUAAUCCAAAACUGUUAGAUUUCAGUUUUGCAAAACUUGGUCCUACUUGGGAUAACUCCAAGGGUUCUAGAAUGGUGAUUGGAACAUUAGACUAUUGUGCUCCAGAGUACGGUUUGACCGGUAGGCUCACCAAGCAAUAUGAUAUCUUUAGUUUUGGGGUUGUUUUGCUUGAGUUGAUCACUGGGCGGAAGGCAAUUCAAGAAAAUCUGGCUGCGAAGCCCAGUAUUGUUGUUUGGACACAGCCAUAUAUUAGUGAUAGUACGAAGUUCAAAGAGAUUGUUGACCCAUCCAUGGAAGGGUGCCAUCCAGAAAAUGAACUUGCUCAAGCUCUUGCUGUUGCUGAAAUGCGUGUACAGGAAGAUGCUAUGAAAAGACCUCCUAUAGCAGAUGUUGUGGCUAAACUUCCUCGUGUACUCUCACAAGCUGAUGGAGAAGCAUGGGAUAAAAUCGAAGCUUGAUUCGUUCAAAAACCUUUCUUGUAGUAAAAGUUGCUCAUCUUUUUCCUUGACAUGUUCAGCUCAAUGUAGUUAAUAUCGGAUACGGGUUUGUCUCGGCCAGAGACCGGUUUACUGGUACAACAUUGUACAGGGAAAUCUCGGUUUCAAAUAUCGAUGCAAUAUCGGUUC